GAUUUUUUAAAAAAAAUGAUCCGGAAUUCGCUGUGAAUGAGGGUAAACAGGAACUAUGCCAUCCAGCCAUAUCAGACCUCCCACAUCAGAGCUUUUAGAGCUUCACGUUUUUUAUGUUCCGGAAGACGUGUGGAAUUUCAAGUUGAAUACCGUUCCUGUAGAUGCUGCCAGCAAAUUCUUUUCGGUGGGAUUUAUAAGGGUGCCACCUUAUAUGACAUUGAGAACAUUAAGAGAGCAGCUCGGAGACUACCUGAGUGAAGAUGCAGUUGUGGAUAAGUAUAUCUUCCUAAAAUGUAUAGGGAAGAAACUUGCAGUGGUGAAAGCAAAGCAAGAAACAGAACUGAAGCUCAAAUCGUUUGCUCCUCCCUAUGCAUUUCAUCCAGAACUUUAUUUGUUACCUGGAGUAGAAAGUAUUUAUUCAUCUUCAUCGUCAACUCCAGAAAGACAGCAUAGUAAUGCAGGCUAUAUACAUGCAUAUACAUCUUAUCAUAGACCACCUGACGUUUCAGCUCCGGAUCGUGAAGCUGGUCAGAGCCCCAGCAUUUUGGAGAGUUCCUUGAAACACCAUCUCAGCCCAACUCAGGAUAAAAAUAAUUUAAUAGGAUGGGACGAAACUGAAAAAGGAGGUGCUCAAGAUCUCCCUGCAACACAGAUCUCUAAGCAAGAACAGAACGAAAGGAUUAAAGAGAAAUAUAAUUCACAAAGAAGGGAAGGAGAAAUUAGUUGUAACAGAGACCUAAAGGAAUCCAUUAAAUCUCCCUAUACAUUCCAAGAUAAAAUUUCUGCAAGACAAAACUCUGUAAGAAAAUCCACAUCAGUGAAAAUUCUUCAGCGAAAGUCUUCCAGCCAAGCUCAAGAACGGCAGCAAAAUACUCCUAGAAAGGUCAAGAAAUACAAAGAUUUUGUUGCACCUUUGCGUAUGAAUCAGCACCGAGAGCAAGAGGGAAACAACCAGAUUCAAGUCAAUCACAUCACACAGAAGAUAAAAGAAGAAGCUCCUAUCGCACUGGAUGCAAGUACAGAAAAUGAAGACAACCUGACAGGUAUUGGAAUGGGAAGACACACCACAGGGGAUUCUGGAAUCCCAGAAUCUUUGGAGGAGAGAGACAUGGACUAUUCGCAUAGAAUGAGGAGCCAGCAGCAUCCUGGAAUUGCCAAGUCUAUUGCUGACACUGGUAGCGUGCCAGAUAGCCAGACUGAUGAAAAUAACCUAAAUGACUUUGCACAUCUGAGCCAGUAUCUUUCACCUCCUACUCCACCUCUUCUGGCUCUGUCUGUAAACAAAGCUGAAGUUCCCAGCGGAAUCUUUCCAACAGAGGGUAGUGAGUUGAUCAGACAGCUGCAACACAUCAGGGCAGAAAGAAAGCACCUGGAGAGGGCUAGAGAAGAACUGGUUAAAAAGGUGAAGGGCUUACUGGAACAGAACAAACUCAGGAGAUGCCAGGCUCGUGAUUCCUGGAAAAAGAAAUAUUUUGAAGCUAAAAAAGUCACAGCUUCCUUGGAGGAAAUUUCAAAUAAACUGCGGGAAGAUUUAGAACUUCACUACCAGAAAUUGUUGAUGCAGCUAGAAGCUAGGGAUAUAAGGAAAAAACGAAAUAAUUCAACACAAGUUGCUAAUUCAAAGAAUAAUACAAUAAUCCAGAUCACCACUCUGCAGCAUGAAAUUGAACAACUAAGGAGAAAGGUUGAUAAUGCAAAAAUGAAGCUGGUCAUAGAAAUUAAGAUGAGAAAACAGGCAGCUUCUGAUUUGCGAGCACUGAAGGCAGAACUGGCCCACAAGAAAGUUCAGUCUUCUUUAAAACUCCACUCUGAAGCACAAGUAUAUUAGCUGGCGCUCAUUUGUGAGAUUCUUCUCUGCAUGUUUGUAUAGCUACUCCCAGAACCUAUUUCUUCCAGCUUUAAAUUUGUUCAGCUAUAGGAGAGAUGUUGUAUGUGUUGAAAAUGAAUGUUGAACAACAGUAA